CGCCAACCAAAGCCAAAAAGGGUACUCAUUGAUGGCCCUAGAGUCGCAUACAGGCAUGUGCCUUGUUUGCUGCCGUGCGGAUCUCAAUCAUGCGGUACGCCGCACUCAAUAACUUCUCGGAUCUCAAAAAACAAAGACAAAAAAAAGGCCCAAUCCCAUUCCAUUGUUGUUUCAAUUCCUUCUUCUGAUCUUCUCUUCCUCCUCCUCCUCCUCCUUUCCAGUUCAUGCCUAGCGUAACAAUGCAUAUCUGAUUCGAAGAACAACGGAUCAGAUUCCCAUCACAAAGAACCGUCGCUACUUCAAAUUCUCAGUUCCACAAACAAUCAAUCAAUCAUUUCCAUCCCCAAUCAUCAUCAUCAUUUGAAUCAUAAUUUAGGUUUUAAUUGAAGUUUUGAAUUGCAAUUCACACACACAGCGUAGAAAAAGUUGAAGAAAUAAGUGGAGAGAGAAGGUUUUGGAGUGAGAGGAGAUGAAGGGCGGUGGUUCAUCGUUUACUGUGCCGCCGAAGAGGCGGUGGAGAUGCCUGGUCGUGGCGGUGCUCGGCCUUGUUUUCCUUUCCAUGCUCGUUCCUCUCGUGUUUUUGCUCGGUCUCCAUAGCGGCUUUCACUCCACUUCUGCUUAUGCAACAGAACCGCAGACUUCAACUUCAAAUGUUCUUAAAGUUUUUGAGCAACACAAUAGGGCAAACUCCGGCAAUCAGACUAAGACCCAGACGGACCAAUCCAAACCAGUAGAUGCCCUUAUAAGCAGAUCGAUGCCAACUCUUCCAAAGGAUUCUAGGAGAAACUCUGUUAAAGAAGCUGAAAAUAAAACUAUUGGCUUGACUGUGCCUACUGAUGUGCCGAAACCACGUCCCAAAGCAAAUAGCACUGGAAUUGGUGUUACGGUUGAAGUCACUGAAUAUAUGAAAGGUAUCAUUGAUGAGAGUGAAAAAUCGUGUGAAGUGAAAUUUGGGAGCUAUUGUAUAUGGCGUCAAGAACACAAGGAAAAAAUGAAAGACGAUAUGGUGAAGAAAUUGAAGGAUCAACUUUAUGUUGCCCGAGCUUACUAUCCUAGUAUUGCAAAGCUUCCAGCACAGGACAAAUUGUCCCAUGAAAUGAAGCAAAAUAUUCAAGAGUUUGAGCGAGUUCUCAGUGAAACUACCACAGAUGCAGAUCUCCCACAGCAGAUUGAAAAGAAACUACAGAAGAUGGAAGCUGUAAUAGCCCGAGCAAAGUCAGUUACUGUGGAUUGUAAUAAUGUUGACAAGAAAUUGAGGCAAUUAGUCGAUCUGACAGAGGACGAAUCUAACUUCCACAUGAAGCAGAGUGUCUUCCUCUACCAACUUGCAGUCCAAACCAUGCCAAAAAGUUUUCAUUGUCUGUCAAUGCGAUUAACUGUGGAAUAUUUCAGAUCUCCUCCACCUGAUAUGGAUCAUUCAAGGGCUGAGAAAUAUAUGAAUCCAGCAUUGCACCACUACGUUAUGUUCUCCAAAAACGUACUCGCAUCAUCUCUAGUAAUUAACUCAACUGUUAUGAAUGCAAAAGAGAGCGAAAAUCAAGUAUUUCAUGUGUUUACGGAUGGAGAGAAUUACUUUGCCAUGAAGCUAUGGUUCUUCAGAAAUACUUACAAGGAAGCCACUAUUCAAGUAUUGAACAUUGAAGAGCUUAAUCUGAAUGACCAUGAGAAGGCAACUCCAUUACAGCUUUCCUUGGCUGAGGAAUUUCGUAUUUCCUUUCACAGUGUCGAUAAACCAUCUACAACUGGUGUUAGAACAGAAUACUUAUCUGUUUUUUCUCACUCACACUAUCUCCUUCCUAAAGUAUUCCCGACUUUUAAGAGAGUCGUGGUUUUGGAUGAUGAUAUUGUCGUCCAGCGAGAUUUGUCAGUCCUAUGGAGCCUUGAUAUGGAGGGUCAAGUGAAUGGUGCUGUUCAGUUCUGUGCAGUGCAGUUGGGUCAGCUGAAAAAUCUUUUGGGUGGGAAUAUUUCUGAUAGAAACUCUUGUGCUUGGAUGUCUGGAUUGAAUAUUAUUGAUCUAACUAGGUGGAGGGAGCAAAAUCUUACAGAAACAUUUCAGAGAUUGGUACAAGAGCAGCUGAACAGAGGAGAGGAAUUAAAUAAAGCAGCUACAAUGCGUGCAAGCUUGCUUGCAUUUCAAGGCCUAGUUCAUGCUCUUGAUGAUACAUGGAUGUUGUCAGGACUAGGUCAUGACUAUGGUCUGGAUAUUGAAGCCAUUAACAAGGCUGCAGUGUUGCAUUUUAACGGGAAUAUGAAACCUUGGAUAGAACUUGGCAUUCCAAAAUAUAAACGCUACUGGAAGAAGUUUCUGAAUCGAGAAAACCAAUUCCUGAGUGAUUGCAAUGUGAACCCAUAAAUAGACAACCCUGGUCCAAGAAGCUAGAAGUGUGCGUGAUGUCUAUUUUCAGGGUCCGAAAGAAUUUUCACCUGAUCUAGGUUUUUUGGCGGAAUCUGUUGCAAGAAAGAAACUGAGAUUUACGGUGAAUUUGACAGAGGUAAUUUCUUUGGUGAAUAAAUAAGGAAGAAAAUUUUGUCUACUACUUUCUGACAAAGCAGAGAAGCGAGAGUUCUAGCGACGGCUACGGUAAGUAUGCCUUGAGCACAACUGAUGAGGGUUGACAAUGCAAUUUUUUUGUAGGGAUUCAGAGGAAGAGCUCAGUUCUCUACUUUGUUGGAAUUAAUUUCCUGUACAUGAGGGGCUUAUUAGCAAGGUCUAUUGAAGAAUCAAAGACCACAGUGGAUAGAUGUUUGUUGGG